AUGACGACAAUUCCAGAUAAUGUCCAGGAGUAUAAUCUCCAUGUGGACUAUGUUAUCCGUUACAGCUUCGGAGAUGUAGACCGAUCGCAGGCAAUUGAGCAGCUAGAAAAACUGCUUCAAGCACUGGCCCAAGUUGGUCUUCAGGUCGAGGUGCGACAAGGCGAUGAGUCGUCUUUGCUCGUUUUUGUGAAAGCUUCGGAAAAGCGGCUGAAACGGGCGGUCUAUCGGUCGCGAGUACGCGACUGGCUGUAUGGAAUUCGCAAUGCUGAGCCCACACCUUCCAAUUCGACUGAACCCCAGACCGAGGCUGAGCGCCUGCGGGUGAUCAACCAGAUGAUUACACUUCCCAAGGAAGAGGGUGGUGCCGCUAUCACCCCCAAUCAUGGCGAAUGGAAGAACGUCACUGCUAUAUUCCCUCUUCAUGAUGUUGAUACAAAUAAAAAGUGGAUACGAGACUGGAGCUCGAAGACUUUCCUCUCCGAUGAUGACUUGGAUCAGAUCCGGAACAAGUUUGGAGAAAGUGUUGGAUUUUACUUCGCGUUCCUGCAGUCAUACUUCCGGUUUUUGAUUUUCCCGGCUGUCUUUGGAUUCUCUUGUUGGUUCCUGCUCGGCGGAUAUUCGAUUAUUUAUACUAUCGUUAAUUGUCUUUGGUGUAUUAUCUUUGUGGAAUACUGGAAGCGCCAGGAGCUUGAUUUGAGCUGCAGGUGGCAGACCAAGAAUGUCUCGGCUGUUCGGACUAAGCGACGAGAGUUCAAGGCGGAAAAGGAGGUCUGCGAUGAGGGUACCGGGGAAAUGCGCGGUGUCUUCCCGGCAACUAAGCGCAUGCAACGGCAGCUGCUUCAAAUCCCGUUCGCCUUGGUUGCAGCAAUUGCUUUGGGUGCUAUCAUUGCGACUUGCUUUGCCAUUGAGAUCUUCAUCUCGGAGCUCUACAAUGGUCCGUUGAAGACAUACUUGGUAUGA